AUGUAUUCUGAUCCUUCUCUCCCCUUCCCUCUCUCCCCUCCCCUUCUCUCCCCUUCCCUCUCUCCCCUCCCCUUCUCUCCCCUUCCCUCUCUCCCCUCCCCUUCUCUCCCCUUCCCUCUCUCCCCUCCCCUUCUCUCCCCUUCCCUCUCUCCCCUCCCCUUCUCUCCCCUUCCCUCUCUCCCCUCCCCUUCUCUCCCCUUCCCUCUCUCCCCUCCCCUUCUCUCCCCUUCCCUCUCUCCCCUUCCCUCUCUCCCCUUCGCUCUCUCCCCUUCCCUCUCUACCCUUCCCUCUCUCCCCUUCCCUCUCUCCCCUUCCCUCUCUCCCUCCCCCCUUCCUCUCUCCCCUUCACCCUCUCCUCCUCCCGUCCGGAGCUGUUCUCAGGUCAGCCCAUCCACGCCAUCGGCAGCUCGCUCCUCUCCCACCCCUCCACCAACCCAUUCCCCUCCCCUGCUGCCGCACACGCUUCCGUCAGCGAUGAUGCUCGUACUCCUCCCACUUCUCCAACACUUCCUCUCCUUGGACUCCCACCCUCCAGCACCCGCCGCCCCUCUUUCGCCCUCUUUUCAUUCCAUCCGCAAGGCUUGCUUGCUAGCCAGCCCUCGCCACGCGCUCACCCUGCUAGCUAUCCUGCCCGAAGCUGAGCGCUUCUCUCGCUUAGGCCAUACGCCUGCCCUCUCAUCCCACCUCCCCGUCUCCUCAUCCCACCUCCCGAUCUCCUCAUCCCACCUCAACAUCUCCUCAUCCCACCUCAACAUCUCCUCAUCCCACCUCAACAUCUCCUCAUCCCACCUCAACAUCUCCUCAUCCCACCUCAACAUCUCCUCAUCCCACCUCAACAUCUCCUCAUCCCACCUCCCCAUCUCCUCAUCCCACCUCCCCAUCUUCUCAUCCCACCUCCCCAUCUCCUCUUCUCCCCUUGUUUCCACCCCCAUCCGUCCCCAUUUAAUCCCUUCUCCCCUCGUUUCCACCCCCAUCCGUCCCCUAUUAACCUCUUCUCCCCUCCGGGGGAAGGUGAGGGUGUGGGACAGGGAUGAGGCAACAUUUGCUGUUAGAGAGAGGGGAGAGGGGGGUGGAAGAGAAAGGGGAGGGGGAGUGGGAGGUGGAGGUGGGGAGGGUGAGUGUUGUGGUGGCGGCCAUGAGAGUGGACAGCCCUUUCCUUCUCCAUCUGCCCUCCUUUUUUUUCAUUUCCCCUACUAUGCCAUCCCAUCUCCUGCCCCUUUACUUCUCAUCCCCUCUCCCAUUCUUCUCAUCUGCCCUCCCUUCCUUCCCAUCUUGCGUGCCAGCCUCCCUUCCUUGCAUCACCCCUACACUCUUCUGUUCUCCCCGUUCCCCCUUUUUACCACUUCUCUUCCUUCACAUCUCAACUGCCCUUUUUCUCAUCCCUGGAGCCUUCAUUCCUCCCGUCACCCCUCCCUUUGUUCCAGUUACUAG